CCGGCCGUCCCCUCCCGCAAGCGGACGCAGGGAACUGAGACCCCCACCACCCCGCGGCGUGUAGGGUGCCAUGGAAAGCCGCUGGCGGACGAACGCAGUGGGAACGGAGGCACUGGCCGGCUGAGGCCCAGGCAUGCGAAGCCCCGGCGGGAGCCUGCUCCACACGCUGCCCCGGGCCUUGCAGCACGCCUCCCGGCCGACCGGCGCGGAGCAGCCCGGCCGCAGGGCACCGGAGCGCACGGCGGGAGGGGAUUGCCCCAAGGACCGCCUUCCCCGCGGGGGCGGGGCUAGCGCGGCGGCGGCGGCAGCAGCGGCGGCGGCUGCCUCGGGCGCCCUGCUCGGCGCCUAUCUGGAGCGCCACGGUCCGCCCGCGGCCUCUGACUUGCCGGCGCCGGCCGGGGCGUUGGCGGGCGGCCCCGGGAGCGGCGGCGGCGUGGUGGUCGGGGUGGCCGAGGUGAGAAACUGGCGCUGCUGCUGCCUCGGCAGCACCUGUUGGUGCCGGAGCCUCGUGCUGGUGUGCGUGCUGGCCGCCCUGUGCUUCGCUUCCCUGGCCCUGGUCCGCCGCUACCUGCAGCACCUCCUGCUCUGGGUGGAGAGCCUCGACUCGCUGCUCGGUGUCCUGCUCUUCGUCGUGGGCUUCAUCGUGGUCUCCUUCCCCUGCGGCUGGGGCUACAUCGUGCUCAAUGUGGCGGCCGGCUACCUGUACGGCUUCGUGCUAGGCAUGGGGCUCAUGGUGGUGGGUGUCCUCAUCGGCACCUUCAUCGCUCAUGUGGUCUGCAAGCGGCUGCUCACCGCCUGGGUGGCUGCCAGAAUCCAGAGCAGCGACAAGCUGAGCGCCGUUAUCCGAGUCGUGGAGGGAGGAAGCGGCCUGAAGGUGGUGGCACUGGCCCGGCUGACUCCCAUACCUUUUGGACUUCAGAAUGCAGUGUUUUCGAUUACUGAUCUUUCCUUACCCAACUAUCUGAUGGCAUCUUCAGUUGGACUGCUUCCCACUCAGCUUCUGAAUUCUUACUUGGGUACUACCCUGCGGACGAUGGAAGAUGUCAUCGCAGAACAAAGUGUCAGUGGAUAUUUUGUCUUUUGUUUACAGAUUGUGAUAAGCAUAGGCCUCAUGUUUUAUGUAGUCCAUCGUGCUCAGGUGGAAUUGAACGCAGCUAUCGUAGCUUGUGAGAUGGAGCUGAAGACGUCUCCCGUGAAAGGCAAUCAGCCAAAUCCCAGCGGUUCUUCCUUCUACAACAAGAGGACCCUCACAUUUUCUGGAGGUGGAAUCAAUAUUGUAUGAUUCUUACAAACUGAUUGUCAAGAGCCUAGUAUGCUGCCCAGGCCUACCAGUCACUUCCCUAAUGGCUGACACAAGUGCCAUUGUAUUAUGGCACAAACAAGACUGACUAGUUUUUAAAUUGCACAAUUUUCUAAAAGCAAGAAUCAUUUUCUGGGUCUGUAAAUGUAAAAGUAGAUGCAGCUUUGGCUGCCCCUUGUUCUCUCUGUAAUGGCCUAUAGGUGUGCACUUUAGUGGUUUUAAUUGUUUUAUUGUGGGGAUUUAUGAACAGAGAAAUAAUCUAAAUAUUUUUUUUUCUGUUUAGUAUCUUUAUUUAUAAAGCCCAUGAAUAGUUGUCUGCAUCUGUCUUUAAAGAUGAGUAAAGAUAUGCAGUUCUAAAUUUAUCACUGCUAGAAGUCCUUUCUUUAGGUCAUCUUUCCAGAAGGGGAAACUGUUUAGUUUAUUGUUCACUUGUUUGCUUUAAACAGGACAACUUUGCUUCACUUUCCUUGCUUAUAAGAAAAUAGAUAUAUUUCUGUUUAAUGUAUGUUAUCAAGCAUUAUGUCAUUUUGGGCCAUUUACUCCUUUCCAUACAAGCAAGUGCUCUUAAGAUUCCUUUUUAUUUUCACUGUGUAAUAUGCAAAGCGAAAGGGAAAUUAUUUAGUAGGUGGCUCAGAGGUAGAGCUCACCGUGUUCUUAUAUGAUUUUCUUGGUUUCACUUUUAGAUCUCCUCAAAGGGCUGUCCGAUAGCACUCUGACCAAACCAUUUCCCUUCUUAAUAAUAAUAAUUAGGCUUUUAAAUAAGCAUCUUAUUCCUAUAACAUGGUGGGCUUACCAUCUCUAAAGUUGUCAUUCAGGUGGCCUUGUUUAGUCAAAACGCCUUGUUAAAAAGAAACAAGCUUUAAAAUCAUGUUUAUAGUUCCAUACACUACUUAUACACACACACACACACACACACACACA